GCCAGCUGGUAUUUGUAUUAAUAGAUGCCCUGCUUUGCUAUUGGCGAGAAGCAGCCAGGCAGCAGCUGCAGCCACAGGACAGACCAAAGCCAGGGUGGAGAGAGGGGACAGUGACACCAGACACCUGUAAAUUAUUCACUUUUGCAGGGAGCACCCGCACUGAUUUCCCCAGGGAUAUCAUUUGGGGAGCCCUUAGGCGAAGCAAGCAAAAAAGUCACCUUCAGCGACCAGGGACAUCAAUGAGCAACAGCCAGAAUAUUCACACUGCCGGGCAGAUGGAGGCUGAUCCUAGUGCUGGGGAAUCAAGGAGUAUGAAGAAGAAUGCAGUGCUUGUGGAUGGUGUCAUCUUAAAUGGACCAAUAAUAGAUAGCAAUUCUGGAGAAAAAUUUGUUGAAGAGGUUUAUAGAUUACUAAUGAAUGAAGUCAUAUAUAAGGCUACAGAUGUAACAGAAAAGGUUUGUGAAUGGAAAGACCCUGAACAACUUAAAAAGCUUCUGGAUGUAAACAUCAGAGACAUUGGAGAGCCUCAUCAGAAACUCCUGCAACUGUGUCAAAAUACUAUUAAAUAUAGUGUCAAAACAAGUCAUCCAAGAUUUUUCAAUCAGUUGUACGCUGGAAUGGAUCAUUAUGCCUUGGCAGCACGGUUUAUUACAGAAGCUUUGAACCCAAGUGUAUACACUUAUGAAGUAUCCCCUGUAUUUAUUCUAAUUGAGGAGGCUGUUUUGCGAAAAAUGUCAGAAUUUCUAGGCUGGAAGACUGCUGAUGGAAUAUUUAGUCCGGGCGGAUCAGUCUCCAAUAUGUAUGCUGUAAAUAUGGCAAGAUACAAAUGCUGUCCUGACAUAAAGGAGCAUGGACUUUCAAAUACUCCACGACUUGUAAUGCUUACAUCAGAAGAGUGUCACUACUCCAUGAAGAAGGCAGCUGCUUUCCUUGGUAUUGGCACACACAAUGUGUAUUUUGUUAAGGCUGAUCAUCAGGGCAAGAUGAUUCCAGAAGAGCUCGAGAAGCAGAUACAAAAAGCAAAAGAAGAGGGAGCUUUGCCAUUCCUUGUCAUUGGCACGUCUGGUACUACAGUGUUAGGUGCAUUUGAUCCUCUGGAUGAUAUAGCAGACAUCUGUGAGAGACAUAAACUUUGGUUCCAUGUUGAUGCAUCCUGGGGGGGAUCCGCUUUAAUGUCAAGAAAAUAUAGAAAACUCCUGCAUGGUGUUGACCGGGCUGAUUCAGUUGCAUGGAAUCCUCAUAAAAUGUUAAUGGCUGGGAUCCAGUGCUGUGCUUUCCUGGUGAAAGACAACUCGGACCUGCUUAAGAGGUGUCAUUCAGCAGAAGCCUCCUAUCUCUUCCAGCAAGAUAAAUUCUAUGAUGUUCGAUAUGACACAGGAGACAAAUCCAUUCAGUGCAGUAGGCGUGCAGAUGCAUUCAAAUUCUGGUUGAUGUGGAAAGCUUUGGGGACCAUAAGACUUGAAGAGCGAGUGAACCGUGCCCUAGCAUUAUCAAGAUAUCUAGCAAAUGAAAUCAAGAAAAGAGACGGGUUUGAACUUCUCUGGGAACCCGAGUAUGCAAAUAUAUGCUUUUGGUACAUUCCACCAAGUUUAAGAGACAUGGAAAAAGGACCAGAAUACUGGCAAAGACUGAACCAGGUUGCCCCCAUAAUCAAAGAAAGGAUGAUGAGAAAGGGAAGCAUGAUGGUGGGAUAUCAACCACACCGCGAUAGAGUCAACUUCUUCCGCCACAUUAUCAUCAGCCCCCAAGUGAGCCGUGAAGAUAUGGAUUUUGUGUUGGAUGAGAUUGAUCUGCUCGGCAGAGACUUGUAGCUGUGGCACAGCAGCACAAUGUGCUGCUCUUAUAUGGCUUGAUAAAAGACUGCAGCAUUUUUACACUGAACAAACACUAUAGUAUAGAUGUAGACUAGACUACUAAUUAGAUAUACA